GUAAGAGAUCCCGGAGAUGCUGCCUUCGCCUGAGAAAACAAACCGUGCUCUCGCCCCACAAACAGACUAAACGGAGUCGAACGUCAGUUUUCAGGCAGCUGUGUGAGAAUGAAUGCUGACGAUUGCAAUGGCCGUUCUUACAUGUCAGGCAGUGGAGAUUCUUCAACAGAACGGGAGUUUUUUGCAGGGUUAAGGGGACCGACAGUGAGCACUCCUACCAGUCAGCACUCCUCUCCGAGUCGCUCCCUCAGUGCUAACUCCAUCAAGGUGGAGUUGUACAGUGAUGAAGAAGCUGGGGGUGCCCCACUUGCAGAGCGCAGAGGAGGAGAGAGGGAUGAAGGGUGGAAAGAUGAUAAGGGAGAUGUCAUGGAGGAAGGGGGAGUGGAGAUGGGCGGAGGCAUGCGUGGUCAGGGAGGCAGCGGCUGUGGGGAGAUGGGCAGCCCCGAGCCGGCUUCCCCCGGACCCAUUCGGCUCCCCAAUGGAAAACUGAAGUGUGACAUAUGCGGAAUGAUCUGUAUCGGCCCUAACGUUCUGAUGGUACACAAACGCAGCCAUACAGGUGAGAGGCCGUUCCACUGUAACCAGUGCGGCGCUUCCUUCACACAGAAGGGCAACCUGCUUCGCCAUAUUAAGCUCCACUCUGGUGAAAAGCCCUUCAAAUGCCCUUUUUGCAACUAUGCCUGCCGUCGCCGUGAUGCGCUCACAGGACACCUCCGCACCCACUCCGUCUCCUCUCCAACCGUGGGGAAGCCCUAUAAGUGCAGUUACUGUGGCCGCAGCUACAAGCAGCAGAGUACACUUGAGGAGCAUCGAGAGCGUUGCCACAGCUACCUUCAAAGUCUGGACCAUCAGCCUGCACACAGCACCCAGUCUACACAGGGUGAGGACUGUCGUAGUAUGGACAUGAUGCCUGAUGCCCUGAUCCCGCCCUCAGAAAAGAUGACCUUCAUUGAACGGGUGGCCAACAGCAUCACUAAAAGGAAACGCUCCACACCUCAGAAAUUCCUUGGGGAAAAGCACAUGCGACUGAAUUUGUCUGAUGCACCUUAUGAACUCAGCUCCAGUCCUGACAAAGAGCGUGAUGUGCUGGGCUCACACGCUGGGGUGGACCCCACUGCCCUGGUGGCUAUGGGAAGCCGUUACCUCAGGGGGCCCCGAGGAGGUGGAAGUGGAGGUGAAGACGUCGAGUCACCCCACGCCCUUAGGCUGCCCCCCCCUCACCCAGCCUGCAUGUCGGAGUUCACCCCCGUCAUCAGCUCUGUCUACCCCCACAUCACGCCCCUUGGCCAGCGCCUGAACUGCGGAGGGGGCGUGUCACUGGGCCUGGCCAGCAGGGAGGCGGGAGAGGGCCACGAGGAUGCGCCUGCUGGCCGCAGCCUCGCUGCCUCGCCCAGCAAUGGCUGCCAGGACUCCACGGACAACGAGAGCAUGCCAGAGGAGCCGUGUGUGGUAGCCGCAGUUCCCACUGGGGGGUACAACCACCGCGGGCGCGAGCCACGGCACAGCCCCAGUCACGCCAAAGAAACGGACCACGAGGGCGAGAGGGAGAGGGGGGUACCCGGCGGCCCGCCGGGGGUGCCAGCCAAGAGCAGCCCUCGCUCGCCAGCCGCCUCGAGGGAGGUCAUGCAGGUGGUGGACGGGGAGGGGCGGCCGGUGCGCUCCUUCCGCUGUGAGCACUGCCGCAUCUUCUUCCUGGACCAUGUCAUGUUCACCAUCCACAUGGGCUGUCAUGGCUUCCGACAGCCCUUUGAGUGCAACAUCUGUGGCCACCGCAGCCAGGACCGCUACGAGUUCUCCUCGCACAUCGUACGCGGGGAGCACCAGGUGGGCUGA